AUGGCAACUAUACGCGAUUCAAUCACAGACUACAGCAAAACGCAGCGUAUAGUCCUCUUAAUAGACCUUAAUCCACUUCUUCAUCUCCAAGAUCCAGAACCAUUCUUAGCCACUCUGUUAACUUCAACAAAAAUCCUAAUUUCAUUCGCUUCUCUUUCUUCUUCCCUUUUUGCUUUCAAAUUCUUCUUUUCAUCUCUCUCUCCACUUCUCUCCUCCUCAAAGCUCCCUUUUCCUUCUCUUUCACUCUCCUUUGGCCAACCAGAGACCACCAUUCAAUCACUAAACACUUUCCUUCUUAACCCUUCUCUCAAAAGUAUUUUCUCCAAAACGUCCUCGUUUUCCUCGCCCCGGGCUGCCAAUGUUGCCGCGUCCAUGCGUCAGCUGGUUCAUGACUACGCGUGGGACACGGAUGGUAAGAUUCUUGAUUCUGUUUGCGUGAGGUCUAAUGUGGUGGUUUUGUUUUCGCCAAUUUUGAAAUCUGUAAAAUGUUCGAGUGAGUUCUUGGAUGUUGAUGUAAAUGAUGAGUGUUUGAGCGAUGUGGGUUUGUUUAAUGACAAGUUUCGCGGGUUUUUUGGAAGUGUAAACGAUGCCUUUCGUAGGAGGGAUAUUCAUCUUAGUUGGGUAGAUGUCAAAUGUGGAUUAGAUUCUGGUGAUGCUAAUGAAAUUGAAUUGAAAUCUUGGGUUUUUGAUUGCGGGAUUAGGGAUUUAGGUUGGGGUUUUUGCUCUAGUGAUUCAAUUGUUUUGGGUUCUGGUCUUGUUCAUUUUGGGUUGAUUUAUCCAAUCAUAGGGGUUUCAUCGUCUUCCCAUUUGUCAAAUUUUAAUAAUGAUUACUCUAAAGCCAUUCGUGCACAAUUGAAUCUCAAGAUAUUAGAUGUUAGUGGGAAGCCUUUAGAAUGCAAGGUUAGUGAUCUUGAAUUGGUCAAUAUGGAGAUGUUUUCUAGGAAUACAGAUAAAGAUAGUUUGAUUCCCGUUGAGUUCAUGGAUUCGCAAAUUCGGGGAUGUGAAAAGAACAGAUUUUGGGGACAUUUUGGCGAUAGAAUCAUUAAGUUCCAUGUUAAGGCUGUGUAUAAAUAUGAGGAGGGUGUAAAUUUUGACGGGCUGUUUUCGGAUUCCAUUCUUGUGCGUGAAUUUUCAGGAGAAUCAGUGAAUGAUGGGAAGGAGAAUUCUAGUGAGUUUUUUGCGGAUAAGGUUCUGAAAAUUCUUGCUAGGGAAAUGGGUGGAUUGCUGCAGAAGAAGGGCAUACCCAUUUGGCAAAUUUUCCUCAGUUUCCUCUACAGAAGAGGUUACUGGGCUUUGGUAUCUCUUCUAAAUGGCAAUGGUGAAUCCCAUAUGGGUAUCCUCAAGCCUUUUACAAUUUUCUCAGCUCUCUUAUCUAUUGUAGAUGAUGAGUCUUGUUCUCACAGUAAAGUAAAUGAAUUUGGUGGAGUGGAUCCGGCACCAUUUGUCAUGACAAUGGACAAUGAGAUCUGUAAAUCAAAUGGACUUGCUGCACUAGGAGAAGUUAAAAGGAAAAAGAAAAAAAGACAUUUGCAUUUGCUUCAAGACCUCACAUGGGAUGCUUUCUGUAAGGCAGCUUCUGGAAACACCAUGAUAGAUUUUGAAGAGGUCUACUUUGCCACAGAAUGUAACUCUAAGAAGUUGAAAUUUUUGAAGUGUUGGAUGAAACAGAUUGAGAAAUCCAGCAGUUGCAGCUUGAUGACCGGGGAGAAAGCCAAGCAACAUACGGACAUUCCAAAAGAAAUGGAAACUAGACUAGCUGAGUUGCCUCAAGAUAGUGAACAACCAAUACCUUCAACUGCUUCCAUGGGAGAGGAAGCUUUGACCAGUGCUUCUAGAAUACAGGAUGAUGCUGCCCUUGACAUGCGCUCUGAAACUUCUGAAAGUUUUUUCAGCAAUCUUUCCAUCAAAAUGCAGCAAGGUCUUGAAUCUGAAGGAGUAGACUUGGGGGCUUUGGCAGAGCGACUUGUGAACUCAUCCAUUUAUUGGUUGUAUCAAAAGCAGGACAUUGAAAACACUUCUGAGAGUCAAACCCCAGCGGUAAAACCCGAUGAUGCUUGUAGCAGCAUAGCUGUUAUUGAAUUGAAGAAGCUUUUACUUAGGGAGCCCAAAGACUUGAUUGCAAUGCACAAAAACAAUGAUCCUUCCACUAAGGAAUCUAAUCCCAGGCCUGCCAGAUUUACAUCAGAAAGUAUAGUUAGAGAAUAUGAAUUGCAAAUUUUGUUUCGCAUGGAGAUUCUUCAAUCAGAGAUCAGAUCAAGUAUUGAGGAGCCUGUGAAACAGAAAUUCGUGAGGCAGAUUUGCUUGCUUUUAGAGGCCAUCCAGUGCCACCUGCAGGGUGGCUUCUUUGGUGAUUGGAGCCUUGAUAAUUAUGUUCAAAAGAUCAUUAAAGAUAGGUAUUGUGACACUCUUGGUGACACAGUUCACAGAAUCUAUACGAAAAUGGACUUGUUACUUUUUGCAGAUGAGGAUGAAAGUCCUAAUCAUUUACUCAAUAGUGAGGAUAGUAAUCAAUCAUGGAGGGAUGAGACGGGUGAAAAUUUUCGAGUAAAUAAAUCAGUCUCAUUGGAAGAUGAGUCCCUACAGCUGCAUGAAAAUGAUGAUGAGAAUCCUCAAGGGAUUCGAAGGGAGGAGCAUGCUCGAAAAGUAAUGGAAGCUCAUGAGAGGCGAGAAAGGGCUCGAAGAUUUGCAUCUUUCACAAGUUGGGUGCCAGAUUUGCAAAGAGUUUGGGCCCCAAAGCAGCCUAAGGCAAUGAAACCAAAGUCAAAUUGGAAGCUUCCAAAAAGAAAGGAUCAUAAAAGUGCAAGCUACGACAAGGUAUGUGAGACUCCAAUGACAGGAAACAAACGUUCUUGUUCAAUAGAAAGCGAUACUGAUGAAUACGUCCACCAAGAUUCUGGGUCUCGCACUUGCAGUUCUGUUUCCAAGGCUUUGUUUCAAGAUAACCGGUAGCAUACCAAUUUUUAAGCUAUCCUGACGAGUGGCAUUCUUACAGAAAUCAUUUGUGAAAAGAAUGAAGGCUUAGUAAGAGCUAACUACUGAUCAUGUGCAGUUGUCUUAUACCAAUGAAGCUUCAGCCAAAUUUGGUUCCAACUUAAUCAUCAGAGUUGGUACUUUUUCUUCCAACUCUAGUUUUUCUCUUAAUUCUUUGUAAAAUAGUUUUAAUAUUAAUUGGUUGUAACAUUGAAGUAAUUUCAUCUUCUCCAUAGUUUAUUCCAU